AAAAUUAUUUAUUUUAAAUACGUAUGAUAAAAUUAAAUUAGAUUAAAUUGAUAGAUUUAUAAAUUUUAUUUUGAUAAAUAGAAAAUUUUUAUGUUAAAACGGCUUAACAUUAGCAUACUACAAUACAUGUAUAAAAAUUAACAUAUCUUAAACUUUUUAGAAUAUACAAUAAUACAUUAUAUAAAAUGAAUAAACUUAAAAAUAUUACUAAAAGAAAAUACAAAUACAAUAAGAUAAUAUAAAAAGAAGCAAACAAAUAAAUAUGACAGUUUUAAACAACUGAUUUUUUACAACACGUAAAAUAUAAAUUAUUAUAUUUAAAAUAGUUAUAUAAACAUUUAAAUAUAUGAUUAAAAUUUAAAAUGUAUACCACUAAUAUCUAAAAUAAAUAUAUAUGCAUAUAAAACUGAAAAUAACAUCUGCGUGGUUGUGUGGAUCAAGAUUUAGUUAGGUAAUUAAAUCAUGAUUUCAAACAAAAUAUUGAACAUUAUGUAUUUACCUUUUUAUUUUGACAAUUUUUUUCUUAUAACUGAUUAAUUUACUUUUAUGGUCAAUUAUAUAAUUAGUAAAUAUAAAAAUUCAUUAAGAGUAUUAUUGACUUUAACAAUUCAUUUUUAAACGUGAGAGCUCGGAUGCGAUAAAUCACUUUGCAAAUAAUAUUAUAGAUUAAGAUCUAGUUAGACCAAUUUGGACCAAUUUUAACUAAUUUAGAAUCAUUUUAACCAAUUUGAAUUCAGUAGGAUUUUAAGAAAUUUGGCUAUGACCGGUUUGCCAUCAAGGGCACCUAUUAAGGGCGCCUAUGGGCAGUGAAGCCGAUUUUUAGAACAUUGAUAUACCUUUGUGAAUUGUGAUGUUUUGAGAAACUAUUAAUCAUUUAUACUACUAACAGUUACUCAUGCGUUGUUUUAAUUUGCAUGCACCAAUAGUUACUCUAGGUUUCAGUUCAUGUUCCCAAAGCAAUACUCAGACGAUUCGCUUUGCUUCGCGACGUCUAAAAUAGAAACGAUUUGCAUUCUCUUUCUAUCUCCUCUCCAUGUUUUAAAGUAGUGCAAGAGUUUUGUGUCUGCGCGUCUCUCGUUGAAUCCUCCUCUGAAGGGUAAUCUCUUCACCUUUUACCUUAGUUCUCUGGUGUAUUAAAAACAAACGUUUCCAUUUUGUCUUUUAAAGGUAACUAGUUUAAGCUUUUUCAAGUGUGUUGUUCGAACUUAAGCUGUUUCAUGUUUUGGUAGUGUGAUUGAGACAUUGGAGCAUGUCUUCUUUAAUGGUGAAUGAAGCUGAUAACAAGUUCACUUGGGUGAUUAAGGAUUUCUCCUCUUUGCAAUCUGAGGCCAUCAUCUCUGAUAGAUUUUUGAUUGGUGGCUACAAAUGGUACGAGAAAAACUUGUUUGUUAAUGCUAUUUUUUGUCCAUGUAUGAUUUGUUUAGGUGUUAUCCUCCACAGAUUUGCUAAUUCGUUUGUUCAUUUUUGACUGUAGGCAUCUUCUUGUUUAUCCAAAACGAACUCACACUAAUUGCUUGAUUCUGGGAGUAGCAACUUUUGAAUCAUUGCCACUUAGAGAGCACGCAAAAUUUUCAGUCAAACUAGUAAAUCAAAUUUCAGAAAAAUCCUCUAUACUGCGAGGUACGCUUUAUUACUUAUUAGCUCAUGGUUUGAACUUUGAACAAUCAUAUUCUUUGAGUCUAUGUGUUGUGAAAUGUUUUUUUAUAUUUUAUUUUGACUAGAUUAGUUCUAUGUUUCUUGAUUUUACAGAAGUAAAGAAGUGGCGGGUUGACCUAGAGGUUCCCUUAUUUGGAGUUCUAAAAUUAAUUACAUUUACCCAACUUCAUUCCAAAGAUAAUGGAUUUCUUGUGAAUGAUGAGCUCGAGAUUGUUGGUGAGGUAGAUAUUCUUCAAGCUAUCGAGGGAUCUCAAGAGGCAGCACAACCAAAGAAAAGAAGAAAGAUGGAUGAUUAUGGUACGGGAUCUAGUGACUUGCACAAGGAAACUCGAGUUGGAAACGAAACCGUAGACGUCAAUGGGUUUCAAGUCUCUACAUCACAAGUAGCAUCUGUGAGGUGUAUAUUUGAAAAACACCCAGACUUUGCAUCAAAAGUCCGUUCUAAUAAUCAGCAUCUGAAGUCGUCAUACAUUAAUGUUCUCCUCGGACUAAUUGAAACACUCUGCCAGUUGCCUGAGAAGCUCUCUGAUGAUGAUUUGGAUGAAGCGUCGGCUGCCGUUUCAUACUUAACCCAGGUUGGCUUUAAAGUGGAUUGGUUGGAGGAGAAGCUGGAGGAAGUAAGGGAAAAGAAGACGAAAGUGUACACUGGCAAGGCUCAGCUGCAACACAUGGAGGAAGAGUUUAAGGUACUCAACAAGAAAUGUUUGGAACUUAAAGACCUAGUGGAGAAGCAGAAUGCAGAUGUGACGGCCGCCAAUGUUGCUCUCUCGUUCAGUGAUGUUGUUUGAUGUUUCAAGACUUGUCAUAAACUAACUUCUAGUUUGCUUUUUCUUUACUUGGUAAGCUGGUGUUCUGGUCGUGUCUUGACUCUGAAAUGAUGGUCUCCUACUCUUUCUUUGAACGCCUUUAAGAUAAAAGAAUCUUAUUACUGGAGUUUUUGUAAUGGAUUACACUUGUUUUUCAGUGGAUAAAUGGUUUAAGCUAGGUUACUUGAUGAUAAAGCAACUGCUCUAUGUCUGAACAGAGUGAGGGUAAUUUGACUAAGCCUUUUCUGAUCAACUGAGACAUUUGUUUGAGACACUCAGAGAUUGCAUCUGAUUCAGUACAAAUAAUCCAAACCUUAGGACAUGUUACAUGAGUUUGCUACUUAGUCUGAUUGAUACUCUACUUAGUCCUUUCAACAAGUAUUAAUUUGUUGUUGAGAGGACUCUCUAGGUUUACUUAAUUGCCAUGUGUUUCUUUCUUGAUGAAUAAGUAAAUAUCAUUGGGUGUCUGAACAGAGCAUAUAGUCAUUUCCCAAACAAAUAGCUUGACGUGUGAGUGACGUUUAACUCACGUUCAUCUUGACAUCAUGACAUGCAUUCAUCUUUCAUUGUGCGCAAACUUCUUAUUUAUCUCCAGAGAGUUC